GACUAGAGGCAACCAAUGAAAUGAAUUUGGAAUUACGCAACCCUCCGCCCCACAAUUGCCGUUGAGGGAGCGGACCAUCUGUCUCCGUCCGCAAACAAACCACCCUCUCCCUCUCCAUUUUUUUUCCUCUGUUCAUCCAUCAGAUCUCAGAUAUCAACCCCUCCAUUUACACAAGAAAAUAUACAUAUUUUUUUUGAGAGAAUUUCUCAUUUCCUUUCGUUAUUUUGUUCAUUCUUUCAACAAGAAGAAGACGAAGGGGACUGAUUCCAAAUGGAUGUGCCUAGCUCAUGGGACGCGUUACGCAAGCAGGAGUGCACAUACUUAUUUCCUCAUGUGGCAAAACCAUCUCUUAACCAACCUCUUUGCUAAUUAAUAUCUUUUUAUGUCUUGAAACAUGGACUUGUCAUGGCAAGAAAACUUGAAGCUCAGUUGGAUGAGCAGAUGAAUUCAUACCGUAAACUGGUUUCUGCAAAAGCUUCUACAAAAGUUGAUGCUGCUGAGAAUGAUCUUGAAUCUGGGAUAGACCGACUACUGAAGCAACUCCAACAAGUGAAUUCACAGAUGCAAGCUUGGGUGUCAUCUGGAGGAUCAGAAAUGGUUUCUCACACCUUGACUCGCCAUCAAGAAAUUCUUCAAGAUCUUACUCAGGAGUUUCAUCGCCUCCGCUCCAGCCUCAUAGCCAAGCAAGAACAUGCUUCACUCCUUGAGGAUUUUAGGGAGUUUGAUCGAACUAGAUUAGACUUGGAAGAUGGUGUAGGUUCUACAGAGCAAGCUCUUCUUAGAGAGCAUGCAUCCAUUAGCCGAGGUACAGGACAGAUGGAUAAUGUGAUUUCACAAGCUCAAGCAACUCUUGGUGCACUUGUUCUUCAACGAUCUACUUUUGGGGGAAUCAAUUCAAAGCUCAGCAAUGUUACCAGCCGCCUUCCAACGGUAAAUCACAUUCUCACUGCAAUAAGGAGGAAAAAGUCGAUGGAUACCAUAAUACUUUCCCUAGUUGCAUCAGUGUGCACUUUUCUGAUGUUCAUUUAUUGGCUGACCAAGUAAGAAUAUUAUGUUGUAUUCCUAGGGGUACUUGUGGUGAACCAACCCUAUCCUUGACUAGGACUGUUCACAUGUCGGAUUGAGUCAAACAUGCUUUUGAUGUUCUUUCUUUGAUUAAGGAGGGUUGUGGUUUUGUGAAGCAUAUGGUGAUAUAUCUUUGGUGGAUAAUACAUUAUAUUUUUAUCUUCGUAACCGUAAUGAUACGUCUUGUAAAGGUGAAUAGAAAAUUUGUUUAGACAGAGAUGGUUAAUGGGCGGCUGAAAUUGAGAUAUGGUGUUAUUCUUGAACA